AUGCUGUCCGCACCAGCAAAGUCCGCUCGCCGGAUAUCGUCCCUCUUCAACAUGAAGACAAACAGGGACUCGACGUCGUCGUCCACGUCGUCCGGCUCGCCCAAGCAGAUGCCCACUAAUAACACCAGUGGCAGUACGCAUCUAUCCGCCGACCACACGCGCGCCCGCAGCCAUUCCCGCCCAGCGGUGCGACAUGCUUCCUCGCCUCAACCCCAUUCCACAGCCUCUCGUCCCACCACCAGCCACGGCGGUGCACUCGAGCCCGAUAGCUUGGACUUGGAUGCGCCCCUUCCACCGCCGCCGUCGUUGCUGGAUAUUAAUCAGGAUUUGAUUGAGCCGGGCCCGUCAUCCUCACAGCCCUCACACAGCCGACAGGGCAGCAGAAGCACAAGUGCAACCCCCGCCGCACGUUCAAGAACGCCAGACACCCUGGCAAGUCAUCGACGGAGGAGCUGGAUGCCGGGAAAAUCGAAUUCGGUUCUGUUGGACGGGCCCGAUGCGGGCGACCAGCCUUUGUUUGAUGCUUGGGUUGCCGGCUUGGACCAGAAAAUCCCAUACGACAUAGCGUCGCUCGUGCGAGGCGAACAGAUACCCGAGCUGUGGAACGAACAAGGCGAUACGUUUGUUUAUCUCUUCCCGCAAAACACCCAUCGGCCAGCUUCGUUCAAGGUUGACUCAACUCUGUUUUCCGACUCGCCCUCUCUUACUUUUCUGGCCCGUGGUACCGACCCAAAGAUUGAAGCAUUGCGGCAAUCGGCCCGCACCCUAACCGUCACCGAUCCAGAUGGAAGCACUACCGCCCACGAGGACCAAUGGGUCAACGAUGCCGCCAGCAGCGGCAGCAACCGAAUGACGCUGGUCGACGAUCAACCGGAAGAUGUUCAAGAGCUUCAUCUCUACCUCCCUGUCCCUCUUCAUGGGGAUGUCUCGAGUGCGGAUAUCCCCCUGGCACAGGAAGAUUCAGACACGUUGAUGCUCUUCCGCAAUCUCUUUGCCUUUCUGCUAGGCCAGGCUCUCAUAGCCACACCAAAAUACCCCAGCCUGUUUUCCAUACUGAUGGAAGUGUCUAAUUUACUGCGUCGCUUCGAAUUCUCCAACUUUGAUGGAUCGAACUUUGGAGAGGUCGCUUCGUCGAGUUUUGCCAACUACUGUGACGAGCUUCAUUUAGCUGAUGUUCGGAAGAGUCGCGAGAAGACGAUCGAGGCGAUUGUCCUUGGGGAGAACUUGCGUCAUUACCCCCUCUAUCUCGAGGGCUUCGUUCAUGGCGUGGGGAAGAUGGACGAUAUUAGAAGUUUACGCAGCCCCAAGUAUGAUUUGAUCAAUCCGGUGACGCAAAAACGUUUGGAACGUGGCGCGAUUGACCUCGAAAAUCGCCUCACGGUCAUGCGAAUUAAGCUGGAUGAUUUCGACUUCCCGGCCUUGUGGUCUGGAAUUGCCAACUCGCACUCGGCAGCAGAGAGUAAAAUCGUCCGUUUCAAAUCGUGGAAACUAGCCCAUCUAGCAUUGCGAAAGCACGUUAUGGGCUAUUACCGAAAUAAAUACGGAUCGUGGCCCCCCAACGCCAGAUCGAAAAAGAACGACUUCGAAGGGAGCGGUCUCAACCGGUUGCUUUUAAAGGAGGUCUACGAAGACUUCACCGAUCUUUACGACAUGAUGGUGGAUCGCACAUCUUUGACCACACGCACGACGGAUAUGGCAACCGAAGACCUAGAUGUACCGGAUCCUGCAGAGGCAAUAACGCGAGCUUUGCGGCGGAUGCUGAGUGAGUACGAUCGUAGUACGCCACCUGUACAGCCGCCCAUUCCAUUUGAUAUACCUCAACUUCCCAGUCUGAAUUCCAUCCGACGGAAACCCGUGGACCCCAAAACAGAAGCCAAGGAGCGACAGAAGAAGCUCCACGAUUCUGAAAUCAACGAAGCCCUGAUGCGAUCGUACACCAGGGAGAGCCUGAAACCCACGCCGUUUGUUGAAAGCUUCAUGCAGUUUGAGCGCCGGAGUGCCCAUGGCAAGAGCUUGGACGAGCUGAUGGAUAACCGGAUUGGCCAAUGGAUCUUUAUCUACGCAGUUCUCCAGUCGCUCCCGUUGCUGGUCAUUGACGUGCUCAACGUGCGCUUUACCGAGGGAGUGGAAUAUUUCUUGUGCGUUGCACCUCGUGGAGGCGCGCCAUGGGUACAAAACGACAACAAGAGUGGGCGCAGUUGGUUUGGGGUUGCUGGUGGACAGGGGGUGGUCAGCUUGCCAUCAGACGUGGUCAAUAACGCAACCGACGCCGUAUACCGUCGCAGUCAUUGCUGGCAAGUUGCCAAUCAAUGGGCCGAGAGAAACUUCAACUCCCCGAUCACGACAACAACCGAAGACUCGGCCUCGCUGUUCUCUGCGGCACAUGCGCCGCAAUCCUCCGUUGGGUCGAUUUCCGAUGCGAUGAGUCCCGGCAGCGGCGUGUCCACGCACAAUGCAACCCGCACAAGCUCGCCCAGAAUACCGUCUCACAACCAUCGCGCAUCAAUCUACAACACACUGGAAGCAUUACCGCUGCCCGCGGGUGUGAUGCCAGUGGAACCACCGGCGAAGCCGUUUGCACGAAUGAAUCCAACCAUGAGUUUCGACGAUAUCUUGAAGGACAUGCCUCAAAAUGGCAAGAAAAAAUGA